AUGCCCCUGUCUGAAGGUUUAUUGGAAACAACUUUACGUGGAAUGGAGUAUAAAGCCAUGGAAAACGAAGCAAAGAUACUCCGUGAAUUGAAGAAUAGUAACGUACUACUUCUUGCGCCCCUUACAUCCAAGGUUGGGCAUGCGGAGCUGCCGUGUGCUACGCCCCUUCAAACAUCUUCUUUAUGCAUUCGGGGGAGGUUCGGUCCAUUGGUUCGUUCCAAUGGGUUGGGUUGGGGAAGAGCACCUAAUAAAAGAUCUUUACUCACAAAAUUCUAUUUUCUCAGAAAUCAGAUUGUGAAUUUAGGAUAUCACAGAUCAUGGACGUUUUAUGAUCAUUCUUUUCGGUGUCGACUCCCUUACGAUGACAACAAUUCCAUUUCUGCUUUUGUAACGAAAAGAG